AUGUACCAUGUAGGAUCGCCCAUGAAGGACUGUUAUCUUUGCCGAGACUUUAUUCCCCAUAUUUCCCGCCAGAGGGGGCCGGGGAUCGAAUCGCCAGAAUUUUGCGCAAUCAAUCAAAACUUUGAAGGGUAUCAAAAGCGCCCCCAAGUGGCAGUUGGAGCAGGGCGACGGGGCAGCGGCCGGAGAUUGGGCGUCUUGUGUGUGACGCGAUGGGAGAUGGGUGGUCCGUUCCGUUUCCUGAGUGGCUCCCCCUCAAAAUAUUACGGUUGGAUGUACGGAUCCGUCGCUUUGCGAAUAGGCGUAUCGCAUCACAAGACGGGACUUGAGGUUUGUGGUGUGGUUGAGCGGCCUGGCGGCAUUCUAGAAGGAUUCCUUCGCAUAGUUAGUGGCGGCCUCCCUGUCCCGCGGCGCCCGCCCCUGCGAGGACAAAGGACGCGCCGAAAGUCAAUCAGCGAUGAGUAUGACGAUUCCGCAGCCCCGGUCACGAGGCGCUGGGCCAAGAAGCGCAAAGAGGCAGGAGAGAAGCUGGAGACCGGCGGCCGGGAACCGAGGAAGCCUAGCAGCUCCCAUCGGGCUGGCAGCCAAGCCGUUGCAUCUGAGGAUUCCUGUCGAGAUUGA